UAUCCAAAUUUGCACCGCAUGGUACUUCAUCACAACUUAUGUGUUACACACCAUAGCUACCUUGUCGAACAUGUAUUUUCACAAGGCUGGCACCUUCUAUGCUUUACUCGAAACCUCUUGUCUCCUUCGUCAACCCGUGCAUUCCUCUGUCUUGGUUCAUAG